UUGCCCUUACCGCUUCUUUUCCCGUCCAAAGAGCAGAGAUCGGGGCCCGAGCUUUCUUCGCUUCACCCCCUUUUCCGUCUAUCUCUCGCGUACAUGGAGGUGUGAAGGCGUCGGAGGGGUGGCUAGGGCUUAUAAUCUUGGCGAAAUCGGGGGUGAAGGGAGGAGGAAAUGGCGACAUUGGAGGGUCUGGAUGCGUUCUUGGCGGCGGCGAGCGGAGCUUGUUGUAGCCGUCUUGCCAUCUUCAUCCAGAUCCAGGGGUGUGUUAUCUGUUUAACCCUUGCUAUUGGAUGGAGUUUCGCUGCCUUUGUCAGGAGUAGAGAAAUACGGCGCAUGAAGCGCAACAUUGAAGAUGGUAAUAAUUUUGCAUUUGUCUGUGAAGAUAUUAAUGAUCUUGAGCACUCUGCUCAGCUGAACUUGCCUGGGGUGUCAGUUGUCAUGCCUUUGAAGGGCUUUGGACAACAUAAUUUGCAGAAUUGGAGAAGUCAAAUUACUUCUCUUUAUGGAGGACCUCUGGAGUUCCUUUUUGUAGUUGAAAGCACUAAUGAUCCGGCUUACCAUUCUGUAUGUAAGCUAAUCUAUGAGUAUGAGGACAGUGUUGAUGCGAAGAUUAUAGUAGCUGGGUUGUCAACAACCUGCAGUCAGAAAAUUCAUAAUCAGUUAGUUGGUGUUGAAAGGAUGCAUAAAGACAGCAAGUAUGUUUUGUUUCUAGAUGAUGAUGUUAGGCUGCAUCCAGGGUCAAUUGGGGCCCUUACAAGAGAAAUGGAAAAGAAUCAUGAGAUAUUUAUUCAAACUGGAUAUCCUCUUGAUUUGCCUUCUGGAAGCUUAGGGAGUUACUGCAUAUAUGAAUAUCAUAUGCCUUGUUCAAUGGGAUUUGCAACUGGUGGAAAGACUUUCUUUUUGUGGGGAGGCUGCAUGAUGAUGCAUGCUGAAGAUUUUAGAAAGGACUUAUAUGGUGUUGUUAGUGGACUUCGAGAUGGUGGAUACUCAGAUGAUAUGACCCUAGCAGCAAUAGCUGGGCAACAUAAGAGGCUUAUUAGUUCGCCACCAGUAGCUGUCUUUCCCCAUCCUCUUGCAAGCGAUCUUAGCUUUCCAAGAUACUGGAAUUACCUAAGGAAGCAAACCUUUGUUCUGGAGUCCUACGUAUCUAAGGUUAACUGGCUGAUGAACCGUGCACUGUUUUCUUCGCACUGCUAUUUAUCCUGGUCAUUUGUUUUGCCAUACUUUAUGGCAUUGAUACAUCUUGCAGCAGCUUUAAGAGCACCAUUUAGUGAUUCUCUUUCAAAGGAAACAUCUGCCUCAUCUUGUGGUCUUGCACUAGCUGGCUGCUUGUUUAUAUGUACUGUUCUAGAACUUGCUUCAAUGUGGAACUUGACGAAGGUGGAGAUCUAUUUGUGCAACUUGUUAUCUCCAGAGGGGCCAAGCGUCUCACUUGGUUCAUAUAACUGGGGACUUGUAUUUAUUGCUAUGCUGGUAGACAACUUCUUAUACCCCAUCUCUGCAAUGCAUUCACAUUUUACACAGUCUAUAAACUGGUCUGGUAUUCGGUACCACUUGAAAAAUGGAAAAAUUUGCAAGAUUGAAAGGUCCAAGGAAUAUGGUCCGAAUUUGACUGACCUUGGAGGAAAGCAUCUCUAUGGGAAAAGGCUAUGUCCUCCUAAAGCUUCAUUUCUUAGCUCUUUGUCAAGAAGUCUGGCACAGUGGCGCCAACCAAAGAAGUACGAUAGCUAGAAGCCACAAUAUGCAGCAGAAAUCAUGAAGAGGGUCUCCAUUCUUCAUUUCACUUCCAGCAUUACAUUGUAUUUUUCCUUCGUUGUUCAUCCGUAUAAUUUUGCUGAAUUGCAUUCAAACAAUUGAUUCUUACGGCUCGUUUUGGUUCACUGCAUCGCAUUUGUACUGCUCGUCUUCUGUAACAUGACAUACUCACUUAUCCAUGCGAACUGUUGCAUUUCACUCGUACGUGCUCCACUGCAUCCUGAUGUCAAUAAACCCCUAGAAGCAUUGCAUGAACUUUGAACUCACCUCUCCUCUC